AUUAAAGUAUCCUCGUUUCCUGAGUAAAUAAAGUCGUAUGGACUUUAUAUGUUUUCCCAUGUUAUUCGUCUUUGUUGAUCACUGAUCAGGAUGAAUUGAGCUCUGUGUUCGAAUUGAUUUGUUUUGACAUUUGAAAAUCUGUCAUUUUUUAAUUUUUUCGGUGCAUUGGGAAUUGGGUGCAAUUUUCAGUAAUUUUGGAGAGAGACCCUAGAAUCUAGUUCAAAAAGUUAUGAAUGUUUCCAUAAAACCACAAAGAUCUCUCUAUUUAUAAGAUUAUUUAGUAAAUAAACAAUGAUAACGCUUAAUAGGAAGUUAAAGAAGGAACAUACGGAGCCACCGAACGGAAUAACAGUGGAACCAGUGAAAAGGAUAUCAAUAAGAGACAAAUUGUUAGUAAAAGAAGUGCAAGAGAUGAACGAGAACCUUCCAGUGACGUGUUCCGUGGACUUCGAAGAUCAUAACCUAUUGAGCGAAUUCGUGUUGACGGUUGCGCCGGACGAAGGUUACUGGUCGGGAGGCAAAUUCAAAUUUAGCGUAUUUGUGACGGAAGACUAUAAUAUGGAGCCACCAAAAGUUAAGUGCCUGACAAGACUAUGGCAUCCAAACAUUAAUUUAGAUGGGGAUAUAUGUCUGUCACUACUACGCCAAACCUCUAUAGAUGAACAUGGCUGGGCUCCCACCAGGAGACUGAAGGAUGUAGUGUGGGGACUCAAUUCUUUAUUUACAGAUCUACUAAAUUUUGAGGAUCCAUUAAACAUAGAAGCAGCGGAGAUGUAUAAACAGAAUAAAGUGGAGUUCCAGUCCAAAGUGCAGGAGUACAUUGCAGCCUCCAAGGGGAAGAGAUGAGGAAGGUUCCUCCCCAAGUGUUUUAAUAACAAUCUGUAGUUAACAUAGAGGACUAUAUUUCACAGUGGCCCUUGUUUGGGUGAAAUAAAACUAAACCAAAUAAAUGGGUGAAGCUUUUAACACAUUGUACAUAAAAUCGAAUUAAAUUUAAGUGAUGUUCUGA